AUGCCUCAGAAAAUUACCGUGGCUGUGGCACAAGCCCGCACUCUGUCUACUCUCGAGUUGACCCUCGCUUCUCUCAAGGAAACCACCCAGCAUGCAGCUUCAAAGGGCGUCCAUCUUAUACUCUUCCCAGAAGCCUACCUAGGCGGAUAUCCUCGCACUUGUGACUUUGGAACUGCUGUUGGCGCGCGUGCUCCCUAUGGGCGGGAUCAAUUUCUUGAGUACUUCCGUGCUGCCGUUGACCUAGGCGAUACGCCUGCUGGAGCGGGAGAUGACUGGGUGGAGCGCAAGCUACCCGUGGCCCAAGGUCGAGACCACCGUGGUGAUGGAACAAGAGAGUUCCUCGAGCGGCUAUCCCGCGAGACCGGCGUCUUUAUUGCAACUGGGUUGAUUGAAAAGGCCGGGGGGAGCUUGUACUGUUCUGCGCUGUAUGUCGAUCCUUUGCGGGGUGUUCUGGGGAAAAGACGAAAGGUCAUGCCAACUAGUGCUGACUUGAAAUUGCCGGAAAAAAAGACUGGCUCGGAACGUCUCGUGUGGGCGCAGGGGUCUCCUUCUACAUUGAAAGCUAUCACCACAGAGCUGAAUGGAGUCAAGCUUACUAUUGCCGCCGCCAUCUGCUGGGAAAACUUCAUGCCUUUGCUUCGUCAAAGUCUUUAUUCGCAAAAUGUGAACAUCUACCUCGCACCCACAGCUGACAGCCGUGAUACCUGGCUACCUCUCAUUCGCACUAUUGGUGGCGAAGGUCGCACUUUCGUGCUUUCUUCCAACCAGUGCGUGCGCUACAGUGAACUACCGUCCUGGAUCACUGAGCAGAGUAAAAAUACAGAAGAAGAUCCAGACCGCUAUAUCUCGCGUGGUGGCUCCUGCAUCGUCGGACCCUUCGGCGAAGUCGUGGCUGAACCUAUCUGGCAAGUCUCCACUGACGAUGCAGCUGAUAUCUCUAGCAUCGAAAAUGCGCUUGUGAUUUCUGAUAUAGACUUGGAGGAUUGUGAGCGAGGCCGACUUGACAUGGAUGUUGCGGGAAGCUAUUCAAGAGAUGCAUUCCGGUUAACGGUUGACGGGUUGGACCUGAACCCUCCUCCGUUCUAG